AUGUCCGGUAUUACCGGUAAUUGUCAGAAUAGUGCCUUGUUGGUGCUCGAGCGACAAGAUAUCUGGAUUGGACAUAUAUUCCCCUUUCUAGGCAUUGGGCACUAUGCCUAUGUGAGUGCUGUCAACAAACAAUUCUAUCUACUAUACAAAGAAUAUUGUCACAGAGACAAGCAGGAUCAUGAGUUUGCAUUGGUGGAUCAUUUUAGAGUGGCUUUUCAAAGUGUGGCAUGUGCCCAAUUCUGGCAUGCUUACCGACAAGAGAGGUUCCAUAAGUUGCCAGAUGAAGAUGGAGUUUGUGAUGAAAUUGCCAAGCUUGGGAACAUUGCUGUUCUUCAAUGGGCUCGCGAGCAAGGAUUCGCGUGGGAUAGAGAUACCUGUGCGAGUGCCGCAGAAGGUGGUCAUUUGGAAACCCUAAAAUGGUUGCGGCAGAAUGGAUGCGACUGGAAUGCCAAUACCUGCAGGAGUGCUGCUGUAAAUGGUCACUUUGAAAUUCUAAAAUGGGCACAUGAAAAUGGUUGUCCAUGGAAUGCCGCUACAUGCAGAAAUGCUGCUGAAAAUGGACACAAGGAAAUGCUCAUAUGGGCGCAUGAAAGAGGAGCCCCUUGGGAUGAGGGCACAUGCACUGUUGCUGCUGGAAGUGGGCACUUUGAAAUUCUCACAUGGUUGCAUGAAAAUGGAUGCCCUUUGGAUGCAUGUUCGUGCUCAAGAGCUGCUGUUGCUCAAGGACAUUUCGAAAUUAUCAAAUGGGCACAUGGACAUGGAGCUCCUUGGGAUGAGGGAACGUGUGCUCACACUGCUCUACUUGGCAACUUGGAAAUUCUCAAAUUGUUGCAUGAAAGUGGAUGCCUUUGGGACGAAGAGACCUGCUCUGAGGCUGCUCUUAAUGGACAUUUUGAACUGCUAAAGUGGGCACACUAG